CCACCACGCUACUGCGCAGGCGCUCCCGGCUGUGCGGCGCCAUUGCUCUGCCGUUCCUACCGGGGUCCUGUCGGAAGUCCACAGGACGGAGGGAAGGGAGAGCACUACGUCUCGACGACGGUGGCCUCGUGCUGCAGAUGCAGCCCAGUGAGGCCUGCGUACCCGCUUAGGCCCAGCUAACCAGUAAGGAACUACAACUCCCAAGGCCUGUGCUUCCUGGAAUACCGUUCAGUCAUGGUUCAUGCCUUCCUCAUCCAUACCUUGAGGGCCCCGAAAGGAGAGGACACAGGCCUUUGCCGAGUGCUCUACUCUUGUGUCUUUGGAGCUGAGAAGUCGCCGGAUGACACGCGGCCACAUGGUGCAGAGAGGGACAGGCUUCUCCGCAAGGAGCAGAUUUUGGCCGUGGCCAGGCAGGUGGAGUCGAUGUGCCAGCUGCAGCAGCUGGCAUCAGGCCGCCCAUCCUCGGACCUGCAGUCCCAGCCCUCCGACGAGCCUGUGGCCCUGCACGAGGCCCCACAGGGGGUCUUCGGGCUGGCGGCAGGGGACCCCUUCCAGGAGCCUCGGACUGUGGUGUGGCUGGGAGUGUUGUCCCUAGGCUUUGCCCUGGUGCUUGAUGCCCACGACAACCUGCUGCUGGCCGAGAGCACGCUGCGCCUGCUGGCCCGCCUCCUGCUGGACCACCUCCGCCUGCUGGCCCCCGGCUCCAGCCUCCUGCUGCGGGCCGACCACGUCGAGGGCAUCCUCUCCCGCUUCCUGCCUCACGGCCAGCUGCUCUUCCUCAAUGACCAGUUUGUCCAGGCUCUGGAGAAGGAAUUCAGUGCUGCCUGGCCCCGCUGACCCUCCCUGGCAUGGGCUUCCCACCAGGGCGGGAAGGGGGCAUGGAUUGCACACACAGCUAGGGGAGGCUUGAUGUCUGCUUUGCCCGGCCUUCUGCCCACACUGAUGUGCCCCACGCCCAGGACCCUGGGCGAGACAAACUGGUAGCAAGGGGGCUGAGCAGCGCUGUGGGGGGCUCUGCCUGUUCUCGGGUCAGUGGGAUCACAGAACAUCCUGAGCCCAGAGGUACCAGGUGACUCCGACCACUGCAGUGUGUUGGCCAUGCUAGUCCUUGACCCCAGCCCCAACUAGGAAGGGCCGCCUGGAGUGCACCCCGCUUCCAGAGCACCAGUCACCACUGCACGAAGGGGCCCCUGAGACAGCCCUUACAGUGGGGAGCUGGUUGGCACUGUGCAGGCCCUGGUCCCUGCCUUUAGUCCCCUUAGACAACAUCGUGGGGGACUUUGUCCAGAGAGAGGACAUACUCACUGACUCUCCUCAUUCGCCAUCGCCGAAUGCCUGGAUGACGUCUUUCUCAUUUCCUAUUAAAAGUACUGGCUGUGUGACUUCA